AUGCGCUGGAUGGGGACCGGUAGCCGCUUCCAGAUGUACUGCGCAUUGCUACUGUCGGGCAGCCUCGUGUACCAGGCAGACGCCAGCGCCAACAUGAUCGAGGUGCUGGCUACGAGUGGGGCCAUUUGCAGUGCAUCAGCCACUGCGUUUUUCGGCGCCAAACGACUGUGUGACAAGGUGGUGACAGAUAUUGUGACGUGUCGAAAGAUGGGAGAUCCCGACGAGUUCGUGCGCGUGUCGGUCUUAAGCGUCGGCGUGAAGCAAGUGCUGACAGCUUCGCCUCAAGACUUUAAGCUGCUGGGGCAUGACGGGCAGGAUGCCUACAGUUUUGCGUUGGGUGGUCGAAGACUGCAAUUGGACACCUCCACAGGCGAGUGUGUGAAUCGUAGGGCGCUGGAUAUGUUGAUGCAGGGAAGACCGCUUGCUACUAGGAAAGUCAAGAAGGGCAAGAAGGGAUCGCGCAACUAG